UAUGACUUAAAAUUUCUUAAAUUAUUUUAUAAUCCGUAAAAUUUAUACUCCGUAUUAUAAUCCGUAACAUUUUUCUUAAAUUUCAUGUAAAUUGAAAAAGUGUUUUUUUUUAAUUUACAACGAAUGAACGGUAGAUAUUUGAGGAAACAAACCUAAGCCUGCAUCACGACUCCCGCCACUCCGUCCGCCAGUACGCUUAAAAAGAGGAGAGGUCGCCGGAGGAUGAGCCGCCGGAACAGUUCCAUGGAUUGGUGGGAAGGUGUUGACGAAGCUCGUGUUCUUAUCGCCCCAGAUCCUUCUUCUACAAAUGAGGAUGACUCGGGGAAAUUUUUAUCUCUCAGGCAUCCCAAAUCUGGAGACCCAACAUGUUAUCUUUUCGCUGAUGGAACUCUUCAAGAAGUUCAUUGGUUCAAGCAACCUUUUGGCUCUUGGUUUCUUGGGGAUUAUGUGUGUGAAGAUGGGCGCUUAUAUAUUGCCACUCCAAUUGAUCCUGUAUUUGUUUUGCUGCCACUUUUUGAGGAAGCACGAAUGAAGAAGAAAGGAGACGAUUCAGGAAUGUUUAGGCAGUUGGACGAAAUAAUGUAUGUCAGCGAUUAUCCUGGGUAUCAGUAUCUUUCGUCAGUUGCAGAGAAAUCGAUGCAAGUAGUUUGUGAUUUCAAAGAAAUGGGAUCUACAAAGUUCUUUAGACUUAAUGAUGAAAAGGUGUUGAAAUGGAUGUGCUUUAAGGUAGAAGAAUUGAGGAAGACCCUUGUGACUUUGGAUAAGAACUUUGCUGCCCGGGAUAAGAAAGAUACAUUGACUGAUACAGUUUCAAUCAUUGGAGAAUACUUAAAGGAAGAACCUUGGUUGAAUCUCCUUUGUUGUGAACUAAGGAUAGACUUAAACAAGGAAACAAAAGCAUUGGGCGCUGAAAGCAUUCCAUCGUCUGAAGAAGGAAAUCUUCUUGACCAAGGAAAGAAUGGAAAUGAUGCUAAAACUACUGGAACAAGAAGGCAAACUAACAAGAAGGCCAAACUGGAGACAAACUCACAGAAUAUCAAGGACAUGUUUAGUAGGGCUACAAGGAGAAAAAGGUGAACCCAAAAAAGCCAACCAAAGGAACACAUUCGUAAGUGCGAAUCCAAGAUUUUGUAAAAGCUAGAAAGCAGAGAAUCCCGUUGAUCGGUCAACGUCACCCGCCAUUCUUUUGGCAUCACAUUAGUAUACCAAGAAAUUGUCACUCCUGGCAUGGAAAUGCACUGGGAGUCUGGGACUAAGGCUUUCUUCUGUUCAGUAAUUGAAGUGUGUGCUUGUAUUUAGACCAUGGUUAGACUGAGUUCAGU